AUGACAGUGGUCUGCAUCCUGGACCAGUGUCAGAGCAAUACUGUUGGACUAAGAUCGGUGAUGUUGUCUCUCUUUUUUUUUUUUUUUUUUUUUUGUCCUGUUUCAGAUUUAGCUUUGGAAUCUAAUCCAUCUGAUCAUCCCAGAGCAAGCACAAUUUUCCUGAGCAAGUCUCAAACAGAUGUGCGAGAGAAGAGGAAGAGUAACCACAUCAAUCAUGUUUCUCCUGGGCAACUUACAAAAAAAUACAGCUCAUGCUCAACAAUAUUUAUAGAUGACAGCACCGUCAGUCAACCUAACCUUAGAAGCACAAUAAAGUGUGUAACAUUAGCAAUAUUCUACCAUAUAAAGAACAGAGAUUCUGACAGAUCAUUGGAUAUUUUUGAUGAAAAAUCUCAUCCUCUUACACGGGAAGAAGUUCCAGAUGACUACUACAAGCAUGACCCUGAUCACAAGCACAUCUACCGGUUUGUUCGAACGCUUUUCAGUGCUGCACAGCUGACAGCUGAAUGUGCAAUAGUGACACUGGUUUAUUUGGAAAGGCUUUUAACCUAUGCAGAGAUUGACAUAUGCCCUAGUAACUGGAAGAGGAUAGUCCUAGGAGCUAUUCUGCUGGCUUCUAAAGUCUGGGAUGAUCAGGCUGUGUGGAAUGUGGAUUAUUGCCAAAUAUUGAAGGACAUUACUGUUGAGGACAUGAACGAGAUGGAAAGACACUUCUUGGAGCUACUGCAGUUUAAUAUCAAUGUUCCUGCCAGUGUUUACGCCAAAUACUACUUCGAUCUUCGCUCCCUAGCAGAUGACAAUAACCUGAGCUUUCUGCUGGAGCCUCUCAGUAAAGAGAGAGCACAGAAACUGGAGGCUAUCUCCCGUCUGUGUGAAGACAAAUACAAAGACUUGUCAAAAGCUGCUAUGAGACGAUCUUUCAGUGCUGAUAACUUAGUUGGUAUCCGCCGUUCUAAUGCCAUCCUCUCCUGAGGAGAGAGAAAGGUGCAGCACCGUGAGCCAGCGUCCACAUGAACCGGAGGAAUGCCACCACUCCACGCACACAAGCCAGCGGUGAUGGUGUCUUCCAGCCAGGAGGAGAGGAGGGUAAAGUAGCCAAGGAAGCCCAGAGCUUGAGGAGCACGCUUGGUGCAAAAGACAAGACCUUUGUCACAUCGACUCUCUCCUCCUAAUGUAUCCAGAGGUGCAAAAACAAACUUCUCUCCUUCUCUCCCCCACAGAUGUUUGCUUACUAUGUAGGCCUAUAGCUGUGAACUCUUACGGUUUUUAAUAAUAAGUAGUUUUAAAUUUUAGAAUUUAAACACUAACCACAUGACUAUAGUUACAAUGUUCUUCCCUCCUCUCCCCUGUUAUCCAGAGUCUCGCUGCAUUUGUAUUUCAGUACCGAUGCAGUGUUAACAAAAACAAAACAAAACAUGGGACUCCUAAAGUACAAAGCCACUCUGGAGCUGAAAACAGUAGCAUAGACAUGUGUUGACAGUUUUUCCCCGGUUUGGCUACUAAAAGCUGCUAUUAUUGGUGAUCUGUUCAUAAUCAAGAAGCUGCCCAGCAGAAAGGAAUUCCAACUCUGCACCCACAACUUCACUCCAAUAGAGAUUGUCAAAAGACUGAAUGUUUUGACUGGGGGCAGAGAUGUGAUUUUAUGUAUUGUUAAAAUGUAUAGGGUCCAUGCUGCAUUUCUUGUGAAUUAUGGUGCUUCUCUCAUUUUCUAAUACUUAUAUUGCUCUGGAAGAGACGCAAUCUGUAUAUUUUUCUGAGGUAUUGAAUGAGAAAGUUGGUCUGGAAACAUCAUCACCAUCCCAAACAGUGUAGCAAUCCAGUGGUGAGUGGCGUGUGUGCGGCACUGCUUCUCUGAGUUCUACUGCAAAUCUCUUGUGCUAUAUACAGUGGAGUUCCUAAAGCUGAUGUUGUGCAUCCAUCUGGCUCUCCUUGGGUGUUUGUUUCCUGGGAGGGGUUUACAUUCAUAGUGAGACAGUAAUGAAUUUGAGAAUCCUGGACUACCUAACCAGGUAGAUUGAAAAAUGUCAUGUUCAAUUGAGAAUUAUCAAAAAGCUUUCCAGAGACAUAUCCCCCCCCCCUCCUUUUUUUUUACUGCUCUAGAAGCUUGGGUUUUGCUCUUUCUGAGACUUUGGAAUGGAGCUUACUUUCAGGGUCUGAAACUGAACUCUAAACAGGAUAAGUAUUAUUAGACUCUUCCUGUUACAAGUCUUUGUUGUAUCUUCCCUUCUUGGAUCCAAACAGAUUCUAGGUGGUUUGUCCUAGGAGCAGAUCUCCCUCUGAAUGGCACGGGUUUUGUGCACUUCCUCUUCCAGCCAAGGCCCAGACACACUGAAUAGCAAGUCCAUGUGCCUUUGAGAGUGGGGCUGCCUGAGUGUCCUCAUCAGUUUGGCUGCACUCAACUGUUAAAAUGAUGCAUACAGUCUUUUCCAGUAUGCAGAUAUGCCAGCCCCUGGCUCCCAAACCCAUGGAACUUGGCAUUUCAGGUAUUGAUCACAAUUCAAUUUUGAAAAUAAUGCUACGUCUUCAGGUGGUUUUCCUUUCUCAUGUUUGUAUUAAAAGAAAAGCUAAUAAACUCUAUUUUAAUUAAA